UUCCCGUUUGAUCCCCAUCCUCCAAAAUUUUCCAACCAAGAUGUUCCGGUGCCGAAAACGCAUCAAUGUCUAUGUGCCGCCGAUCAGUAGUUUUCCGGAAUAUAGUUUGCUGGGCGGCUAUGGACUCCAGGACCGAAUCGAGUUGCCCAAGUCCACAGAGGUCCUUGAGGAUGUCCUUGGAGAGCGGGAGCCGCAUUUCCUCUAUGUAAUCGAUGGCCGAGGACGACUUUUGGAGCAGAUGCGAUUCUACGGCGACGAUUACCGAUUGGCCCUGAGGGAGUCCUUCGCCCAAAAGGACCCCAUCCAUCCGGAUAAUGGUGCAGUUGUGGUAUCCCCAAGUAUGGAUCCCUUGAGCGAGAACCCUCCAAUAAAAUCUACGGAAUCAGUAGCAUUCCAUCACUGA